CUAGAAUCAUCAUUUCCGGUUGUUACCCGCUGAAACGGUCGAAGGAUUGUACGCCAUUACUACACACUGACGCUGCAUCGUAUUAUUUGAAACAUUUCAUUGAUUUUUAAAGCAUUUCGUUAAAUUUGUUUAUAUUAGAACUUUCGUAAUGAGUGACAUCGAGAGAAGCGGUAGUCGCAGUGCAAGUCCUCGGAGACCACGAACAGCAGAUGGAGGAUUAAGAGAUUCACGUUCACAUUCAAGAUCACGCAAAUCGCGUGAACGCAAAGAAUCUCAUCGACCAGUGAAAGAAUAUUCCAGAUCAAGAAGUCGUUCUGUAUCCAGAGGAAGGAAGUCAUAUCGCAGUAGCAAGUACGCUAGUGCAGGUCAUCGUGGUAGUAGUCGCAGUCGUAGUCGUACUCCUUACAGGGGUGGACGAUACUCUCGAAGCAGAUCUCGUUCAUACUCUCGCUCACGUUAUUCCCGCGAACGUGAUAGGAAUAUUUAUCGUUCACACUCUCGCAGUCCAAUGUCUUCUAGACGACGCCAUGUUGGUAACAGGGACAAUCCUAAUCCCUCUCGAUGCUUAGGUGUAUUUGGACUUUCUAUUUUCACUACUGAACAGCAAAUAUAUCACAUCUUUUCCAAACACGGACCCGUUGAACGAGUGCAAGUUGUAUUUGAUGCAAAGACUGGACGUUCCAGAGGAUUCUGCUUUGUAUAUUUUGAAUCAGCUGAAGAUGCUAAAGUUGCAAGGGAACAAUGUACAGGAAUGGAAAUAGACGGCCGAAGAAUAAGGGUGGCCUUCUCAAUCACACAGCGAGCUCAUACGCCUACGCCCGGAAUUUACAUGGGAAAACCUACACAUUUGCACGACAGAGGCUGGGAUGGUCCUAGACGUAGAGAUAGUUACAGAGGAAGUUACCGACGUUCGCCCAGUCCAUACUACAGUCGUCGACGUUCGCGCUAUGACAGAUCCAGAUCGCGUUCCUAUUCUCCGCGUAAGUUUGCUUUUAGUUCUUUUACAAAACCUAAUAUAAGCAGUCUACAUGGAUAUGUGUCUCCUUUGAAAUAAUACUUCUGUCACAUAACAUACGAUCAACCUAAAUGCAUACACGCAGAAUGUAGAAAUAAAAGCUCAUUGAUUUGAUAUUGUAUAAUUCGCUAAAACCUUUUCUUUUAGUUUUCCUGUUUAUUUUUUGUCUUUGCAAAGCACAUAAUAUUACGACACAAUGUAUAAAUAUGUAUCAUGUAACAUGUAUUAAACUUAUUUUCAUUCUAUCUACAAUUUAAAAAAUACAGGAACAUUAAAAUAACUUUAUAUAUAAAAAUAUACUAAUACAUUGUUAUGAUUCACAAGGUCAUCAACAGUAAAUAUAUAUAGAUUAAAUUCACGUAAAAGAAUUAAAUGGGAAGUCAUUAAGUAUCACUUGUAUACAAUGUACAGAUGAUAUACAAGUUAGUAGCUUUUGUAAUUGAAGCUGUAAGUGGUUCUAAAAUUUAUGGGUAUAAUCAUUUAUACCAAAAGUUAAUUUGGAUUCAUAUUUUCGUAGACCGCUUAUAUUUAGUUGAAGCAAAAUGUUUAAGUACAAAUAAGUAGUUAAAUUAGCAAGAAUGGAAGGCAGGAGCAUCAAGGAAUGCAUCCAAUAAAUCGUACGGUAGUAACUAAGUGUAACCCGUAACAUGGGUCAAACAAUCAUAGUUUUUGUUGCUUAAUGAAUUUCAGGUCGAUAUUAAGUGACACGAGUGUGAUGCGAGAGGCCAGGUGUUUGGGAGACCAUUUGUGUGACUUGACCCUUUGACCUCAAAUUUCUUCUAACAAUAUUGUACCGGGUCAAAAAAUGCAAACGCUACAUUCUUACUACUAUUCUUACCUUACCUAAUUCUGCAUCAUAUGCAAUUAAUAUAUGGCAUUUAAAUUACGAUAUUGUACAAUAUCAAUUAAUGAGAUCAUUUAAUAUGCGAAGGGUGUAGCAUAUUCUUUGCAUGAAACAGUAAGGUUAGAAUGGACAUAAGAAACCUUAUUUUCAUAAUGUUUUUAUUGCUUCCUAACAAAUUUUUAUGAAGAUAAGGUUUAUUGUAUUGUAACAGUAUGACGUUGAUAUGUGAAGGUUGGAAUAUAAUUUAAUUUGCAUCUUUCUUUGACAAUUUGAUUAUUUGCUGAAAAGAAGUUGUAUUCCAGCCGUUUGGACAGUAAAUAUCACUGGAAAAACGUGAUAUGAAUCUGGAGACUAUGGUAUUUCUAAAUGUUUAUAUGAAAAAAAAGAAACACAUUACACACAGAAAGAACGAAACAAAACAAAAAUAAAAUUAAAAAUAGAAGUAAGUUCUCUAACCUGUUUGUUUGUUUAUAAGGUUUUGAAUCAAGAGGUAUUGGAUGAUAGAGGGAAGUUUGAAGUUUCACUCUGAAAAAAUGAAAGUUUUGAAAAGUUGAAGACAAGAUAUCUGAAGAUGUUUGUCUUGCUCGAAUUUCGAAGAUCCAAAGGUUUUUCGCGCUUGUGACAAAGAAUAUGAUCCGAAUCACAUUCAUUACCGGCUGAGAAGUCUCAAGCCUAGAAGAACUGCAAGCACUCUGUAAAAAGCAAGCCUCAAGACAGUACGAAAUCGUUGAUCGUCAGGCCCCCGACCUGGACAAGCCAGUGGUUGGGGGUGAAACUGGUCGAACGUUUCCGAAAAUGUUCAAGAAGCAUCGAAAUCUUUUAUGAGUAGGGAAGAGCGUAAGGUGCUCCAAGGUUUAUACCGAUCAUAUUCUUUAUCAGUUGAUUUGGUUAAAUGGCAUAUCCGUAAUUAGGUGUUUAUAAAAUAAAAUAAACAUAUAUACCUUUAUCCCUAUUCCCUCCACCAUCCCAUAACCUCCUUAUAUAUCCUUAAGGGUGUCAUCCUAUUGUUUUCAUUUUGUAUAGGUAUAAGCAGCGGUCAUUCAUAUUGAAACUACUAAUAAACAGUGUUUUUGAUAUAAAUGACUAUA